CUAACAAAAAAGCAAUUGCUUGCGAAAGUAAACAAAACGAAAUCUAUUUAAGGAAAACACGAUAAAUUGGAAAAUAUGAGCAAUAGCGAGGACUCGCAGCAGUAUCUAAACGACAUGAUGGUCAAGGAGGAGGACGAGGCGUCUGGCGACGAGUCAGACAAACAGGAUGGAGGGAUUAUGCUCCGUGAACAAGACCGCUUUCUGCCCAUCUGUAACAUCAUCAAGAUCAUGAAGGUGCCGGUGCCGCAGAACGGCAAGAUCGCCAAAGAUGCACGCGAAUGCAUCCAGGAGUGCGUCUCUGAGUUCAUAUCCUUCAUUAGCAGUGAGGCCAUCGAACGCAGCGUUGCCGAGAAUCGCAAGACAGUCAACGGAGACGACCUUCUGGUGGCCUUCAGCAAUCUGGGAUUCGACAACUACGUGGAGCCACUGUCAAUUUAUCUGCAAAAGUACCGAGAGUCAAACAAAUCGGAUCGCAAUCUCUUCCUGGAGGCCAGUUAUUCACACAACGAAGAUGCAGGCUCUGCGAGUGAGACGGGCAAGCAGUAGCAUCCAGUUCACCUACCUUAUAGUUACAGUUCAAUAGGGUAGUUGUGGCAUGAAACUGGAAAUUAUAGGAUAAUUCAAGAAGUUUCUUUUGAAACUGAUGGUUCAUUAUUAAUUUUAAGUCCCCCAAUUUCCAUUGAAUGUACAAUUAACUCCCUAAUGCAAUUUAUUGUCAGUUUUUAGUUUAAAAACUUCCCCGCCAAAAAUGUCAGAUAGUGAUUAAUUACUACCUGUAUAUAAUUUUUUGUUUAUAAUCAGUUAAUGUGAGGACCCGCCCAAAACCAUAGUCAAACUUAAGGUAUAUGUAAUAAUCAAGGAUAUUACAUGUAUAUAUAUUAAGUACAAUUACUAACGCAAAGAGCCAAUAUACAAAAUUUUAUUUAAUUACAUGCUAAUUUAUAAAUAGAAAGUAAAUAUUUAUAAGCAACACAGGGAUAUUAAGUGCACAAAUAGUUAUGUAUAAGUUCAUUUUAUUCUGUAAAGGGUUUAAUAAACAUAUAUAACACA